AUGCUAAUUUCAAUUAAUAUUAGUAUUCUCGGUGCACUUCCUGAUAAAUUAAUCGAUGAUCUUGUAUUGCCGAGUAAAGAACCUGUAGGAAUGCGUCUAUUAAAGUCUAUGGGAUGGAGAGAGGGUCAAGGCAUAGGUCCUCGUGUCAAAAGAAAAAAAAGAGACUAUGAUGAUGUUGACAAUGAAGAAAAUGAAGAUCAGAUAUUCAGUACUUUAUUUGCUCCUAAAAAUACUUCUAUCGUAAGUUUUGAACAAAAAGCCAACAAUUAUGGUCUUGGAUAUAAUCCAUUCGAAAAUGCUCCAGAGUUUGUUUUUCAAUCAGCUACUAGUAAAGGCGAUGGUUAUCUCCGUAAAGAUAAACCGAAAAGUUCUUUUCCCAUACGAGGAACAUCAAUGACUGAUUUUAAUACUUCACUAAUUGAUGACGAUGACGAUGACAUCAUAAUAAUGGGAAGCAGGAAAUACUCAAAAAUGUCAAACCUGUCUACAGAAUCUCAAAUGAAAAAGUCAUCAUUCCAUGAUAAUAGAUCAUGUCAUGAUGGGACUCAACCAUUACGAGGGUUUAUGUUGGCCAGGAAACCUCUUCCUAUUGACAAAUGGUUCAGUCCACCGGAUUUGCCACCAGAAUACGUUCCUUUUCAUGAAUUUGACUCUCAAACUCAAAAUACCCAGGAUACGAGUAAAAAGAAUAUAAAACAAAAGCAGACUACAUUGGCGAUUGUAGCAGAACAGCGUGGCUCAUUAUUGGGUGAAACACCUUUAAAUGCACCUGCACGUUCGGUAUUUGAUUAUGUGUCUCGGAAGGAUAAAGAAAGGCUAGAUAGUAUAGUUCGACCAGUGAUUGAUACGUCAGGUGACAAAAAUGUUAAUAAACCUAAAAUUCCAAAGAUAGAAAAUGAUGUUGCUUUGGCUGCUUUGAAAGGAUUUAUCCCUUUUGAGGACAAUAAGGAAAAACAAGCUAGAUAUAAAAAAUAUUUAGAAGUACAUGCUGAGUUAAUAGCUCCUGAAUUAUUAAGAAAACCUGAGGAAUUAACUGCAGAUGAAUUCUCAAAGGAGCUAGAUGAAUUCUCUAAAGCAGCAAGAAUAUUUCGCCCAAUGUCAAAAAUGAUUGCAUCUCGAUUCACCAGUAGUUCAUCGCCUGCUGAAGAAUUCAAACAACCUGUUCCUGGUCUAAGAGCCGGUGCCGGAAAUGAUUCAGAUAUUCCUUCAGAUAAAAAAAAAGAUACAGAUCAACUUGACUCUGAAUCAACAGCAGAGGCUGCUGCAAAGAUGAAUAUGUUUGGUCAACUUACGAGAUCAAAAUCUGUGUUUUAUCCAAGCAAGCUUCUAUGUAAACGAUUUAAUGUAGCAAAUCCACAUCCAGAACAUGCACAAAAUUCAAGUUCUGGUAGGACUCAAAAAGGUCAAAAAGAGGCACUCAGCAGGGAGACGAUGAAUGACAUUCUCAAUAAGCAAGAUGCGCAAAAUUUUCCAGGAUUUAGUACGACUCAAAAAGGUCAAAAAGAGGAACUCAGCAGGGAGACGAUGAAUGACAGUCUCAAUAAGCAAGAUGCGCAAAAUUUUCCAGGAUUUAGUACGACUCAAAAAGGUCAAGAAGAGGAACUCAGCAGGGAGACGAUGAAUGACAUUCUCAAUAAGCAAGAUGCGCAAAAUUUUCCAGGAUUUAGUACGACUGUACCUACUGUACGCCCUGCAAUGGAAUUAUUUAAAUCAAUUUUUGGUGAUUCAGGUUCAGAAGAUGAUGAUGAUGGGGACGCUCCAAAACAUAAAAAACCUCCAAAUCUAGAAAUUAUAGAAAUUCUAGAUAAUGUAGAUGAUGAUGGGGACGCUCCAAAACACAAAAAACCUCCAAAUCUAGAAAUUCUAGAAAUUCUAGAUAAUGUAGAUGAAGACAAUAAUGAAACACAAAAUAAAACCGAUGAAACGAGAAAUAAAAUCGAUUUGAUAAAUCCAUCAGUUCCAUCAAUCACUUUUCAAAGAACAACAGCACAGGCUAGUUCAUCGAAAACAAUUAAUCAAUCUUCGUCGUCACAAUCUAAAAAUACGUCUAUAAAUCGAACUAGAAAUCGGCCAAGGGCAUCUGAUUUAUG